AUGUCCUCCCCAUCCGACAAGAAAGACACGGUGACCGAGUCUCCGUCAAGCCUAACCCUAGACACGUCAACAAGCCACAAAAGGGCUUCUUCAAAGCUGAAAAAGAAGGCUGCAGUCGCAGACUCGUGGGAAGACGAAGACAAUGACGAGUCAUCCGGAUCUGAGACCGAGAUCAAGCCCUCGGUGGUGAGCCCAAGGGUGCCGUCGCCACCACCGCCAACCCCAUACGCAGCAAAUUACGCAUCUGUUCCGGGAUGGGACGAUGCUGCAGCCCCUGGAAACGCCUCCUCCCACGGGGCGGCUGCGAGUAAGAGGCCGGAGAAAACUGACGCCGUGGCCCGACGUAUGAUCGCCGCCGGCUUGGGCAUGAAGGCUCCCAAGCAGACGGAGGAGCAGAAGGCCUAUCAGAAAUCUACUCGAGAGCAAGAGAGGAAGAGAAAGGAACAAGAGCGGGAGGAGGAGCACCGGAAGGAACAGGAAGCAGACAAGGCCAAAGCCGCUGUUUGGGAGGAUUGA